UUGUUCAGCGGUUUCACUGAACCACCAAACUACAGCUGCCACGCUCCUACGGCAUUUCUAAACUAGUCACGUUCCUCUACUCUUCUUCUUCCUUCUUUUCUUUUCCAACUAUGAAGCUGAGGUGUCGCACAGGUGGAUGGUGUCUUUUCUUCCUGGCUGCUUUAAUUUUAGGAGUCCAUCUCCAGAGAAACGACCGCUCGGUCCAGCCUGCUUCCAACUCUGAGCAGCAAUCUGGGGCUCAGAUCUACCGGCCGGUCCUGCAGCCCACUGAAGCCAUUCCUCCAACAGGGACCUACAUGAUGAAAAGCUUGGCUGGGAAACCCUGCAUCAAAGUCACCACAGGAGUAGAGUACACUGUCAUCGAAAAGAAGACCUGGUAUUUCAGCCUGGAUCCUUCCAGGGUCAGGACCAGCGGUUACUGUGGCAAAGACACUGCUGUUCUCUCUCUCACGCUAGCAGACAAUGCAGCCAGUCUGCAGCUCACCUUCAGAAAGGAAAAGAAUGUUUUCUACAUUAUCAGGACGACUGCUCAUCUGUCUCCUCUGCCUGUUUGCAAAAAAUGUUCAAACAAGACUUAUUCUGGCUUGAUGGACCACAAGAAGUUGUUCAAAACAGCCAAUGGUCAGAGCUUCAGUUGCAAAUCCGAGAAUCUGCUUUCGAUGUCGACUGAGCUGAAGAUCAAGCUGGUCCCUCUGCAGAUGCAGGCCUUCACUCUGCCCAACGGAAAAUACGGACAAGAGGUGGAGUGCUGGGCUGACUUUAACAAGAGGGUCAUUCCCAUCAUCAUUGGGGCCACAGUGGUGGGUCUCAUCCUGAUCGCAGUGCUCACAUGCCUGUUCAUCAGAGACCGCCGCACACAUGGCUACGAGGCACUCUGAGCUUGCUGUGAAACUGGAUGGAGAUUUACUCCAUCUUCAAGAAUAUUUUAUAUUCUAUUAGAGUUAAGUGUUCAAACUUCUUCUCCUUGACCUGCAUUUGACUUUAAAUUUCACAAAUGUUUCUCAUAAUAAAAUGUAGACACCUAAUAUCUGAUAUUCAAACUAUAAAUUCAAAAAGUAUUGUUAAAUGUAUUUAUUUGACUCUUUUCUUAACUUACACUCUCUUCAAUUAAUGUGAAAAUGAAUUUCCUAUUGCAUUUCAUUUGUCUUUCGUUCUGCUUCCAUUGAUGGCUUUUAUUCACUGUAGUUUGUUGUCAUUUUCAGAUUUUUUAUAUUUUCAACAGUUGUACAAAGGACACACAACAACAACAAGAACAAUAAUAAAAUUACUGUUAUCAGUAUCAUUGUUAAAUGUAUAUGUUUUAAGUUACAUUUUUUUCGAUAGACUUGCUGUAAUUUUACAAGCUACUCUUGUUAAUGAAAUAAAACAAAAAUGGUCUUUUUAUUUUAAUGAUUGUAAUUAUUC